GAAGAACAUCACACCCAUUCGAACCCAGGUCCCUCAGGUCAUUUGUGGGACUAUGCUCUAUUUGAAUAUAUUUUAAAAUGUAAUUUAUUCCUCUGAUGGCAAAGAUGAAUUUUCAGCAGUCAUUACUCCAGUCUUCAGUGUCACUUGAUCCUUCUGAUAUCCUUCUAAUAUGUUGAUUUGCUGCUGAAUUAUUAUCAAUUAUUAUUAGUGCUCAGCUAUUAAUAGUGUUUCUAAUUAUAAUCAAUGUUGAACACAUUUCUGCUGCUUAAUAUUUCUGAAGAAACUGCUAUACAUUUUUCAGGAUUCUUUGAUGAAUAGAACAUUCAAAAGAUCAGCAUUUAUUUGAAAUCUUUUGUAACAUUAUAAAUGUAUUUUUAUAUUUACAUAAAGGUUUACAUGCAUUCAUAUGGAAGAAAUAUCCAAAAAUAUGAUAAAUAAUAAGAUGUGUAAAAAUUAUAUACGACAAAUAAAAUUAGAAAUGAUAUAAAAAGACAAAUAAAUUAAAUUUCCAGAGAAAAACUUUUUCUUUUCCAUAAAACUAAAAUGCUUGGUGAUCACCGGCUGCCAAGUUCAGUGGCAAUUUUGCUUGGUUUGUUUUCUUACAAAGAACCAAUAGAAGUUAUUAAAAAGUAGUUUUUCCCUUUGGUGUCUUAUCAUGCCCAAGGCACCAAGUGAACCAGAACUGCAACUGUUGACCCCUCAAAAAAAAAAAACAAAGAGGUGUGCUCACUAUAAGCGCAUAGAUUUAAAAAAAGCUUUGCUUGCCAACAAAAGAAAAAGAGAAAAUGUGAAUUAAACCCAUGUUGUGUGAAUAGCAUCUAAAUUAAGUAAAAUGUCAGUGUCAUAAAAUCAUAUAAAAACUACAUAACAAAUGAUAAAUAAAGCUUACAAUAUCUGAGAAACCCUGCAGGUAAAUCUGCAACAUUAUGGAUUGCAAGUUGAGUUUGUUUUUGACGAUUAUCUGUCAAGACUGCGGGAACAGAAGGUUAUUUUCGUUUUCGGAUUUGUGGGCGUCAAGCUAUCGCUCUCGGUCUAUCAGUCUCAUCGCACAUAGCGGGUGGUAUCACUAACACUAUCCUCUUCGAGAACGAGAGGAGCUAAAAUCCUAUAGCAUCCAACAGAGUCUCUGGAGCCUGACAGAAUCUCAUUGGCAUCCAUAGACUCUGACAGCCUCUCAUAAACUCAGAGUCGAGUCGAGUGAAGCCAGACGCACAAAUCCACACCCUCCGUUCCCCCGGCACAUACCCUCGACAGUCAGGCCUGCCGAAACCAAAGCUUUAAGGCAGGGAUUAGUCUGCAUAGAGAGGCUCAAAAACAAUGAGUGUGCAGCAGACAGCUUAAUGGGACAACUGGGACUUCACAGGCAGUCUGACUUGGGGAGACAGCCUGGCUAAAAUGCAUUGCAGCCAUCCGACUCGAGCCUAAAGCAAGUAUUGUGCUGCGAACUCAACCAGAAUAUUCUCUACACCCCCCGGAGUUAAAGAUCACGUAGCACAGGCUAAUCUUCAAUCCCUGUCGAAUGCUCAUCAGUAUAGUGGGAGGACGCUAGCUUUAGGGCCUAAUCUGCCUGUAGCACUCGAAGAAUGAAUCAUAAAAAGUAUUUUUCCUUUUGUUUGGCAAUGGAGUUUUAUAUUCCAGAUGUCUUGAAAGGAUAGUUCACCAAAUAAAUAAACAUUCUGUCAUCAUUCAUGACCUUUGAAACCUCUCUUUUCUAUGCCAUGGCCUGCAAAACAGUACACGAGUCAUAUUGACUCUUUUUAUUUUGCCAUUUUUCCUUUUUGUAGCUUGGUCAUCAUAUACUUUCAUUGUUGAGGAUUUUUGAAGAAUGCUCACAAUGUUGUUUUUCAUACAAAAUAAAGAAAAUCACACGAGUUUGGAACCACGUGAGGGUUAGUAAAUGAUGAUCAUUUUUAUUUUGGGGUGACCUGUUCCUUUAAGAGUCUCAUAAAUACUGCAAAAAACUAAAAGUAUAAAGUUUAAGUAUACACAGUCCCCCCCCUCUUUGCUCACCAUUAUUUUUGAUUUACUCUUUACUCCAUUGCUCUUGUAUUUCUUUAUGCACUGCAAAGCUCCUUUGGGUUGGGUUAGAAAGUCACUAACUAACUGACUAAAUAGUGGUGUUCAAGCAUCAAUUACUAUUGCUCAUCCAUAUAGAGACUUGCAGGACUGUCACUAAUGACUAUUUUGGUAAUCGAAUAAUUGAAAAAUCUGACUAUUCUGACUAAUCUGACUAAAUCUGACAAUAAAUCUAGUAUUUUUGUAGUAAUAAAAAUAGACCCAAGCUAAGCAAAAUUACUUAAAAUACGUAAUAAUUAGUUCAGUAGUAGUAAUAAUUAGUUCAAAUAAAGUAUCAAAAGCAAGAAAUCAUAUGGUUUUAUUGAACAAAACGGUAACACUUUAUUUUAGGGUCUCUUAACUAGUUGCUUAUUAGCAUGCAUAUUAGCCAAUAUUAGCCAAUUAUUAAUACUAAUUAAGCACAUAUUAAUGCCUUAUUCUACAUCCCUAAUCCUACCCAAUACCUAAACUUAACAACUACCUUACUAACUAUUAAAGCAAAUUAGGAGUUUAUUGAGGGAAAAGUCGUGGUUAAUAGUGAAUAGCCUAAGUGUUCCCUAUUCUAAAGUGUUACCAACAAAGGAAAUGUAUUGUUUACAUUACAUUAUAACAAAUCAGUGCAGAGGGCGCCAACGGCCUGACGAUUCUUUUUACUUUUACUGCGCGAUCUAAUCCUUGUUUAAUAUUGACCAAAAACAUUUACUUCAAAUGUCCACUUAAUCUGUAAUAUUUACCAUUUCUUUACGACAGAAAUUCUACAGCCACGGUCAUUUCUUGAAUAUGUAGAUAUCAAAAUGUGUAAACUCGGAGUGAGGGUUUAAACUUUUAUUUUGAAAUCAAAAUCAGUUAGCAUAGGAAAGAUGUAUGAUCAAAGUCAGUCUUUGGCAGUGUUGGGCAAGCUACUUGGAAAAUGUAGUGAGCUAAGCUAACAGUUACUCAUUAAAUGAAGCUUCACUACACUAAAGCUACAGCCCUGGGAAAUGUAAGAUAAGAUACAGCAAAAAGGCUAAAUUAGUUUACAACAUCUAAGCUAUUUAAAAAAAAAAAAAUCCUUUUUAUAUUGAAUCAACAUCUUACCAAGUCAAUGCUCUCUCAAUGAUCAAUAAAACUGUCAGUCCAGCAGAUAGACAGGCAUAAUAGUUCAGGUUAAUUGUUUAUUCAACAACUGUUCCAAACCAAUUUGGCAACAUAAAUCAGUAUCAUGUACAGGGCCGGAUUUACCUCAUAUUGUGACAAAAUAAAUGUUUGCUGUCAGCCAGAAACCUCCUAUUGGAAGUUGGUAUUGUGGCUUUAUUGUAUACAGAUACAUUUAUAUAAAUGGUAACACUUCACAAUAAGGUUCAUUAGUUAACAUUAGUUAACUAGUGUAGUUAACCUGAACUAUGAUCAAUACUUCUGCAGUAUUUAUUAAUGUUAAUUUCAACAUUUACUAAUGCAUUAUUACAGUUUUUCUCAGUCGCUUUGGUGCAUUUCUCAGAUCAGAAAUGAAAUUCUCAAAACAACUUGGUCAACCUCCACAUCAUCUAGUCACUUGUGUGCAUAUCAUAAAAGCAGUUUCCCAUUCUUUUGAACAAGUUGCGAUUGCUUUAGUACAUUCAUGCAAUUGAUUAUGUACAUUUGUUUGCAGUUUCCUACAUUAUCAGUUGCUAAUGUCAUGUUGCUCAAAAUGUAUAAUAUAGUUCUCUGUGCAAUAGUCUUAUCCCCCAAAACAUCAAGUCUUUAGUUAAUCGUACAAGUCAUCAAAUGCAAAAUGGUUGAUUUAGUUGUCAUAAACUGUCAAGCAUAUUUUCUACACAUUUCUAUUAGUCUUUUGUGCAGGAUUGUGCAGGUGAAUAUUGACUUUCACUAAUGAAGAGAAUGUAGAUCAACCAAUGAUAAAUCAUUUCUCUGAAAUUACUCAUACAGUGCUGCAUGCAAAAGCAAAGCUCUGCCUGUGUUUACCUUUCUAAUUUUGUAUUUUCGCCUUUGUGCUCAUGUUUCUUUUUCUUUUCUAUGUCACAAUGACGUUGUAAUGUUUUUUUUAAGUGUAACUGUGAAUCCUAUCAAGUCUCUUUCAAUCAAUAUCCCCACAUACAGUAAUGUGUAAAUUUGUACUUUUGAAUGGAUAUAUGGCAUACAUAAGAAGUGCAGCCUUCCGCAUUUCAGUACAGUAACUGUCAUCCAAACUGUUGCCAUAGUUUACAUCAGGUAAUACUAACAGAGUGCACUGUUAUAUUGACCACAUGACUAUCUCGUUUGUGAACAAUGACUUUUCAUUCUGAUGCCACUGAUAUGUUCAUUGACAUAAAUACUUACUUUUGAGAGUUAAACUAAAGAUUUUGAAAAAUGUACAGGCUUUUGCAGGUAAUCCAUUGUGUGGUGCUGUGUGUACAAAUUGUUUUGAGAAAUGCACAUACUUCUUUGCAAAUAUUAAGGAUGAUUUGAGAAAUGCACCAAAGUGAAAAAGAAAAACUGUAAAAUCAAAAGUUGUUUGUUAACAUUAGUUAAUGCACUGUGAACUAACAUGAACUACCAAUGAACGACUGUUUUUUAUUAACUAACAUUAACAAAGCUUAAUAAACACUGUAAUAAAUGUAUUGUUCAUUGUAUGCUCAUGUUAAUUAAUACAAUUGCUAACAUUAAUGAAAUCUUAUUGUAUGGCUGCCAACUCGACACUUUUCUCGCCACACAUCUAUUUUCUCACGCAAUCAAAAGCACCCUCAGUUAAAACUAUAAUACUAGGAUACUGGCAAAACAAAUUUGGUAAAGGCUCCUGUGUGCAUUUGUGUUUGCGCUCUGGAAAGCGUCAAGAUUAUUUACAACGUGUUUUCGUAGCGCUGAGCAAUGUAGCCAAUCACAGUCAUAUCUGUUGAUUUCUUGAACACCUGUGAUUGGCCAUUGCAUUCACUCACCUCUAAAUGCCAGACUUUUUUCCCGCACGCUUGCGAAUCAUAUCUCUGUAACACGAUGUAAAUAAGAGAUUCGUUAAUUAUAAAGGAACUUUCUGAGAUCGCGAUGAACUGAAAAAACAUCUUGCAUCUGGUCCUGGAAUGAGAGCUGAUGUACCUGCAGAGGAGUGCCAACAACAAAGGCUGACAAUUCCCACCCUCGGGCAACCACGACUGACAGGACAACACAAAGGGAUGAGCUAGAUGAAGCAUGUUGCCCUCGCCCCAGGUGUGCGUGUCUACUCUGGUGACAGUGAGCACGAUGGCCGUGGUCGACCUCUACCUGCUAGAGCAGAGCAUGCUGGGACCUCGAGGCGGAGCCCGUCCUGCAGUAUGGCCAUGUGUCGCCGUCGCGCUGGGUGACCUGUGUUUCCUGCUGGCACUGCGCUUUGUUUCCGCUGGUGUGGUUUCGGAGGCUCGCUCUCCCCGCCGGGGCUUCGCCAACGCUCUCUGGUUUCUUUUCCUCUCGCUGCUGCAGCUGAAGCUUUUCUUUGUGUGUCAGAACUACAGACAGGAGAGACGACCCCCGGAUCCUCUCGCCCGCAAGACUCUGACUCUUUUACUUUCGGUGUGCCUGCCCUCGUUGUUUCUCAUCCUGACAGGAGCCGAUUACAUGACUCCACUCCGAAGGAAGCAGGAGGUGCGCAGCCGGCUUCUGUGGGUGGUGGUUGACUUGCUCGAUGUGUUGGAUCUGCAAGCCGGGCUGUGGGAGGUGCAGGGAAGCGUUGGGGUUCCUCUUUGGGUGGAGGGUAUAGUGUUCUUUUACUGUUAUGUGCUGUUGCUGUUGCUGCCAUGCGUGUCGCUCACGGAGCUGGGUGCCACUGCGCUGCCUGGGCUCCAAGCGGCUCGGAAGGAGGCCAUCUAUCCGUGGCUCAGCCUGGUGACCAUUAACCUGUUCACGCUCGUGCCCAGAGGGGUCGGUAUGCUGUGGUACAGGGACCCACGGGUAUCCACGGUGUUCCUGGGGAAAAACCUACUGGCUCUUGCGGUAAAGUUGAGCUCCGCCUGGGAGAGGCACAGAAAGGGCAGCGGAGGGAUACAGGGCGCAGGAGUCGCCACAGGAACUGGAAACCAGACUCGAGGGGCGGCAUCGGAGCAAGUCACGGAGCAGGAGCAAGAGUGCACGUCUCCAGUGCCGUCCACAACGCGCUACCACACGCUCUCACGCACUCACGGACACAGCCACUCGCUAUCUCACGUCAGCUUAGACCCCACCGAGACUUCUCUGGGACCGGCUUACAUUUCCCACGAGCUCUAGAGGUCAUGAAAGAGCCCUGAAACUGCAACAACUGGAAUUUGUAGGCUCAUAACUAUCCCUGGAGUCUCUGUGUUUUUGGAAAGAUUAGCAGAGAUAACUCCUCGUAUUAGCACACUUUGUAGUUUGUACAGCUGAUGAUAAAGCGUGUAAAGCCAAACACGAGCAGCCUGCUGUGGUGUGAAGCUCCCAGACAAAAAUGAUAAUGAGGCAGAAAGGGGAGCUGUUUUAAUUAAGUGCCUUCUUAAAAGAGCAACAAUUAAUAUUGUUACUCUUGUUCGUUUUGGUGUUCAUCAAGGACUUGAAUUAAACCAUGUACUGUGAAGCAUGACCACUGUUAAUA